UUGCUUCCAUUCACAGAAACAUUGGUAUGCGAGCCUACAAUUUCAUUCACAUAAAAGGCAAAAUUAUAUUUGCCUCUUUUUAUAACCAGAUUUAUGAAAGGUGCUUUUCAUCUCUCUUUCUCUUUUUGCCUUUGUUUCUGAGGAGAAAGCAGACGUGCUUCCCUUUUUUUCUCUGUAUCUGCCAGGCAAGAAGGAGAGAUGUUGGGAGGGACUGCAGUGCGAAAUCUGUAGCAGGAUGCGAGGCAAUGCUUAUGAAUGACUGUCAGUCCUACACGAUCCUGGGGAAAUUUUACAUGAAUGGCUUUUGGCUUAAUGCAGCCGUACAGAGGCUUUCACUGUUGUUUUGAUGAGACUGUGUCUGGUUGCUGUUCUGUGCUGCUGCUGCUGUGUGUUCAGUCAACUGCAUGUGACUCAUGUUCACGUUGUGUUUUUGCGUUAAGUAAUUAUUCACUAAGAUAAUUCAGGACAACUAGCUUGGUUUCUGUGGAAAGCUGAGAAAGAGUACAUCAGAGAUGCGUGGUAUGAUUUAUUUGUUUCAUAAUGGAUGGAAAUUAGGUUGAGGGACAUUUGACAAACAGACUAAACCAGAGAUCUAUUGUUUGAUGUUUGAAUUGCUCAUUAUAAAAUGUGAACUGUUAAAGCAGAACACAUACAUGUAUUAUCUAGGUACAUUUCUGAAAAACAAGUCUAAAUGAAGGGCCAUGCAUAGUUAAAAAAAAAAAAAAUAGCUGUGAUAAUGAAGAUUCUUUUGUAUUUAAUAUAAACAUUUGUCAUAAUUCGCUUUAAAUUUAUUGACCAGAAUUGACCAUUUCAGUGUUCCUAAUUUAAUAGCAUGGUACUUUAACCAGUAAUAUCAUGUAGGCACUGAAUCAACCAAAUCUGUUGUACUAAAGAGAAACAGAAAUAUGACAGAUAGUAGGCUAUGCUUAUCCAUUUUAUUCAUCCAUCUAAUAGAUACAUAAGACCAUUUGAUCCACUUUGAAUUUCAUUUUGCCGUUCAUAGAAACAUAUAUUGUAGAUCUUAGUUGUGAUAAAGACUUAAUUAGAUAAUUAUAUGUUUAUUAUAUUUUUAAUCUGAUUAUUUUGCAGGGGUAUUCUUUCCUGUUUCACACCGAUGGCAGAAUUUUUAAAAGAGUAGCAUUCCUGUAGUGAAAAGGAAAUAUCAGUCUGGGAAAUUUAAAAUUGAUUGGUUAUAGUGGGAGGAUUUUAUUUCCAACAGGAAGUGAUUUGCAGUGUUCAGUGAGCCUUUUGUUGUGAAGGUUUUCUCAGAUCUGUGAGUCAUGCUGUAGCUGGGAGCCGGCACGCAACAGUCAGAGAGCGUUUGCGCGCGCUCGCUUGCAGUGUCCUCCAUCAACAUACCUCACUCUUUCUCUCUUUCUUUUUGUCUGGAGCUUGAUCUCGAUCUGGAUCUCAUCUUUGGAACCUAGCAAGAAUCCUGGCUGCUUACGAUACCUUUUUUUGUCUUUUCAUCCAUAUUAUGGCUUGGCUUUCUUUCAGUUUCUUUUCCACCAGUGGAUUCUAUUACUGCCUUGAAUCCCCCUUACGACAGCCCCAGCGACAGCAGAAGAAGCAGGAGCAGCAGCCCGCCUCUAGUGUAUCUUCAACAGAAUUAUAGUCGCCCUGGCCUGUGAUUGUUACUAGGCGUUUGCUGCGUCUCCACUAUGUUGAAGGAGAGGCUAGCUGUUUGGGCGCUUCAUCUGCCAGUGUGUUUGUAAGGGCAGGCAACAAGGAGAAGGAAAAGGGUAUGCUUCACCGUACCAAAUACAACCGCUUCAGGAAUGAGUCAGUGACAUCCGUAGAUGAGCUUAUCCACGACCUUUCCAUGAACCCCAAGUUCUCGGCUGCCCCCACAUCCUCUGCAGAGCCCCCCUACUCCCCCCAGGCUGAGGUGCUCUCCCCAACCACUACCGCCUCUGAACCCGAGGAUGGAGGCACCACCCUCUGCACCUUCAUCAACAAGGUGUCCAACCUGAAAUUCACCAAUUCAGGCAGCCUGCUGAACAUCAAGGGCCUCCCAUCUGCUGUCAAGGACCUGGCUGUGUCCAAGUUCCAGGGGGGUGGGGGUUCCAGCUCUGGUUCUGGCAACUCUGGCCACAGUGUGUCAGCAGCUGCCUCGGGUGGCAGUUUCCUCUGCAGCUCGGCCUUCUCUGGACCUCCCUGCUCCCAGUCCCAUCAGGAGCCAGGCAACAUGAGCAGCAGCGGGAAGAAGGGCAGGCUGGAGGAGCUCCAGCAGGGAGGGGAGGACUGGAACCCUGGGGGCAAUGGUAGAGGUAAUGGACUGGUGAACAAGCCCUCCAGAGGAUGGCUACACUCUAGUGAGAAGAUCUCUGGACCCGGCGUGACAUACAUUGUAAAGUAUUUGGGUUGCAUUGAAGUCCUUCGAUCAAUGAGAUCCUUGGAUUUCAACACAAGAUCACAAAUAACAAGGGAGGCCAUCAGUCUGGUGUGUGAGGCGGUUCCUGGAACCAAAGGAGCGCUGCGCAAGAGAAAGCCGCCAUCCAAAGUGCUGUCCAAUAUCCUAGGAAAGAGCAACCUGCAGUUUUCUGGCAUGAGCAUCAACCUCAACAUCUCCACUAACAGUCUCAACCUGAUGACCCUUGACUCCAAACAGAUCAUAGCCAAUCACCAUAUGCAGUCCAUUUCCUUUGCAUCAGGAGGAGAUCCAGACACAACAGAUUUUGUUGCAUAUGUGGCAAAAGACCCUGUGAACCGAAGGGCGUGUCACAUCCUGGAGUGUUCUGAUGGGCUGGCCCAGGAUGUCAUCAGCACGAUUGGCCAAGCCUUUGACCUUCGCUUCCAGCAAUACCUCCAGUGUCCCUCCAGCAAGCUUUCAUCCAUGCAUGACAGGGUCCUGAACAUGGAUGACUCGCCUUGGACAGAGGAAGAGGAAGAGCCAGCCGAGCACCCCUAUUACAACAACAUCCCUGGGAAGAUGCCGCCCCCUGGAGGCUUCAUUGACACCCGGCUGACCAAUCAGAUGGCAGGACAGGACAGCAACCAGAUGGGUCCAGGUGCAAUGGUAGACCAGACAUACUACCAGGGCCGACACUGUGGGGAGAACCGGGGGGACGAAAGGAGGUCAAUAUUCAUUCAACAGGGGUCAUGUGACAUGUACAGUCUACCAGAGGGGAAGAGUCAAGUACCAAAAACGGGUGAUGGGCCAACGUACAUCAACACACAGCAGAUCGACUCCCAAGUUCAGGCAGCACUGCAGGCCAAGGCGGAGGGCAUGGCAGGAGGCACCCCGAGCACAGCCAAAGACAGUUCCAGGAAAGACCUGUUCGAUAUGAAGCCUUUUGAGGAUGCCAUUCUAACCCAGUCUCAGACCCCCACCCUGCACAAGACCACAUCUGUGGACAACUCCAGCCCACUGCUGGUGCGUUCGGCAGCCUUCCGGGCCCAGGAGGAGUUGGAGGGUCAGGUGUGGUAUCACGGGGAAAUGAGCCGGCGUCAGGCUGAAAAACUUCUGUGCGAGGAUGGAGACUUCCUGGUGCGGAAGAGCACCACCAAUCCUGGCUCCUAUGUCCUGACAGGCAUGCACAAUUGUCUGGUCAAACACCUGCUGCUGGUCGACCCAGAAGGCACGGUACGGACGAAAGAUCACAUAUUUGAUAGCAUCAGCCAUCUGAUUGGCCAUCACCGUGACAACAGCCUGCCCAUAGUGUCUGCCGGAAGUGAACUGUGCCUGAAGGAGCCAGUGGGAAGAAAACAGUGACUUGCAAUGCCAGAUGGGUAGUGUAGGAGACACUACAAGCCUCCCUUCAACCUGAAACUUGAAGAUAAGAUAGAAAAUAUACUAUUGUUUAAAGGUUUCUUGCUAUGACAGUAUCUUGGAAUAGGUGUGUGCACUGGAGCACUUGAGGAAGAUUGCUGAUUUAUAGAACUGUUUUUAUUUUGUUGUGAUGAUUAAAAUGCUAUAUUUUUGAGAACACAUAUAGGUGCAUUUGGACAUAUAUGUUGAUUUGGUGUCCUAAAACAAAAAGGACAACUUUCAGUAGUUUAGAUGAAGAGCAAAUCGACCUCAAGGAGGGAUAUAAAAAAAUAUUUUAGAAUAAAUCCCAAACUUUUGUUUUGUCUAUCAAGCACAACCAGAUUUACAUGGUAAAAGUUAAAGGGAAAAAAACUACAGUUUGAUAAAAUGCUAUUUAUAUAGAACUAUUUUAGGAUUUGUCCCACAGCUAGCGUUACAACUGACCAGGUCUGUAUUGAUUUUGCUUUUAUUGGGAAAGACGUGAAUGUGUUUGCUUUGCAGUAGUCCCAAUGUGCUAGGGUCACGGCCACCCCCCCAUAGUGCUGUCAACAUGGCUUUAAAGGUAAAUUAAACAUUUUCAUGAAGUACUUUUGUGCUACAGCGGUCUCAUGACGCUGAAAUCAACUGUACUUGUGAAACAUUGUUUGUAGACCUUGAUGCCCUUUUCGGAGAGGUGCUUGUGUAUGAUCACUCUGUAAAAUAUUUAUGCUUUUCAAAACAAUAUUUCUUAAUUGAUUCUUCUAAAUCCUUUUAACUGGGUGUGUAGUGAAUUCGUUUUUGAGGCUUGAAUCAUGCAAUGGAUAUUAAGAAAUUGUUUAUGCUAGCUUUUCUGGCUUUGUUGACUUCAAAGGUAUUUGAUGAAUGGUCACAAAUUAAUUGCACAGAACUUUAGAUUAUCUGUGUUAGUUGUAUAAGACCAAUUCACCAUGUGUUGAAAACAUAAUCACUGAAGAGGAGUUAUAAAAAUCCUCUUAAUUUCACAUAGAGCACCCUUUAUUGGAUUUGUAAAAAACACACAAAAAAGAUCACUUCAUGGUACAACACAGUUAUGAAUUAUGAAUAUUCACGCCUCAAUGUGUGGAUCUCCUAUCUUUGAUUGUCACCACUGAGGGCCAUCACAGAGGAACUAUUAAAGGGUCUAUGUUACUGUUGGACUGCCUGAAAUAUUCUGGAUAUCAGUCGCUGUGUUAGGAUUACUCCUACAGUUGCUUAUUUUGUUAUAUAGCUUGACACAUAAUUGAUCUUAUUGAAAUACGGUUUUGAAUGAUAGUUGUUAAGACCUCAAUUUCCAGUAAUUGAUACAGGGUAGCUAGAACAGUAGUUACUGUAGAAUUUGCUUGGUUACAGUGACUAACUUGAUAGCACUUGUAUUAUUGUGAUACUUGUAAUACAGAGGCUAAAUGUUUUGAAUCUCUCCACCUUGCCAUCAUUAUUGGACAACAGAAUUCUCAAACCAUUAUCAAACAUGCUAUUGAUGUGUCGGGCCUAUACAACUGAACCAAAUUCAGUCCGUUUUCAAUUACUUUGACAAGACAAUUGAAAUGUAUCUUAGUGUACCUGUAUUUUGCUUCAAGAAAAAGUAAACAUGCAUCUAGUUCUCACAAUAUACUGUUACUAGUUAAAAAAGGGUCUGUAAUAUUGUAAGAUCACCAUUUCACAUCCUCCACGAACCACUUAAUAAUUAGAACUCUUGUCCUUUGUGACAACAUAUAAACUGUACACUUUGUUGAGAAUUGACCUGUAUUCCCUCCUCCCUAACAGUUGUAUUAUUGAAUACUUAAUUGGAGUUACUAGCUGUAUAUUUGGAGCUGCUAUCAAUCGCUGGUUUCUUCCAACAUCACUUGCAAUCUAACAAGGCUUUAUGUCAGACUUACAGUAAAUUACUAUUUACUGUUUUUAGAUCAAGUAAUUUGACUUACUUGACAGUAAUUUUACAACUGAGGCCUCAGCUCGGUUAUAACCCCCUUUUACAACGACCUAGGUAAAUCUUGGUUGAACUGAACUCUUGUCCGUUUUACACUUGUGAAUCUAUGUUACAUUGCUGACUUAAUAUUUUAUACACACAUUCCGAAACUACGAUUUAGUAAGUGACACCAUCAAAACACAAUUCUACUUAAUUUUAAAUGGCUGAUUCGUUUUUCUCUUUUACUGCUGUUUGUUGAGUAGAGAAUACCAAUGGGUUGAGUUCUGCAUUCUCUUUUAUGUGAUGACAUCGUUACUCUGGGGUAAAUUUCCCAGAGAAGUCAACCACCAUGAACUUUGCUGAAGAUGCAACCGUUGACUCUUCCUUAUGUCAGGAGGAAUUAAAAUAGACUUUACCAUUUUCAACGCUGAUAGACCUACUGUUGAUUUCAGAAAAUCACCAUCCUCCUGUGUGUGAAGUUGUUGUAUUAUUGAGUCUACCUUUAACACUAAGUACAACACCAACAGUUAUGUGUUGAUUCGCUACUGUGCGUCAAAUGAACUGAUGUAUUAUGAGUUGCACGGGGUAUACAUUUCAGAGUACACUCAACAUCCAUGUGAGGUCAAAUAGAUUUCUGUUGAUGAAAAUGUGCCUUUUAUUUUUUACCAAUGUUGUUUUCUUCAAAAUGCAAUCCUGAACUUUCAUAGGGCAUGCCCGUACGUUCACUAGAGGUUGUGUUUUGCUCUGCUGCGCAUUGGUGCUUGAGAUUCAAGAUUUUUCUCUAUAUAUGGUUUCCAAAUUCUAAAUAUGAUUUUUUGUCAGAGGGAUCACCAAAAAAAUACUAUUUUGGAACUAGUAAAAACUUUCAAACAAAGAAUUGAGUCCAAACAAUGUUUACAGUUUUAAUAUUUGGUUGUAUGAGUUAUCAUUCUGUAUGACUGUUGGCAAUAAAACCCUGAAUGUGUAU